CUUGUGCCGCCAAACCCAUCCAUGUCAAUAUAAACACAACAUCGGCUGCCUUGCUGUCAAACGGAUUCGCGAAUACGACAUACAGUGACAUGCGAUGCCUGCACAUUCCAAGCAACCGAUCGACACCGCUACGCUCUGCGGAAUUUCUUCAAUCAUUCCUGAACAUGUCUCUCAGAAACUUAGAGUCGCUGGACGACUACUUGUGUAUGAUCGUGACACGGCCGUAAUGCUCCUUGCCGAUGGAGCAAGCGCGGUCUUGGUUGACCUUACGCUGUGCCUUGAUCCGUUCAAACCGACCCCAUGGCUCAAAGAGAGCAACACCAUCUUGAUUGUCAUCGGUUCACUCGAUGAAGUAGAGCAACCGUACCCGCCUGUUGUGUUGCCAUUACAUGCCCGCCCGGUCGAAGUUGACCUCCAGCUGGUUUUGCGUGCCUUGUCGGUCAGAGAGGCGCCGCACCUCGAUCUUCAGCUCUGGAACAAAGCAAUAACUUUGCGCGAGCGGGCCUCGGCUGAGAAGAAGAAUGGUUGAUGCUCUCGCCAUCCACAAAGCUCUUCGUACGAUUACGACGAUGUGCUACCACUGCGUGACCGGGACAUUCUUGUAUCACCAGUAUAUAACAUGUCUGAAUUUAUGUCUUGUAUAGAGGUUUAUCAACAGUCCCAGUCAUAUCGGUGUA